ACAUUUAGACAAAUGUUGUUGACACUUCCCGGUGCAUUGGUUGUAAUUCUAUAUAAAGUUUUCUAAAGAUUAUUUAUUAAAAACAAAAAACUUUUUUCUUCAAACAUUACAAAGUAGAAAGCCGCUAUCAUGUCUAUCGAAAUUGAAUCGGCCGAUGUUAUCCGAUUAAUUCAGCAAUAUUUAAAAGAAUCGAAUUUAUAUAAAACGUUACAAACACUUCAAGAAGAGACCGGAGUUUCACUGAAUACAGUAGAUAGUGUAGAUGGUUUCGUACAGGAUAUUGUGAAUGGACACUGGGACACGGUGCUGAAAGUAACUCAAUCGCUUAAAUUACCAGACAAAAAGCUUCUUAAUCUCUAUGAACAAAUUGUGCUUGAAUUAAUUGAGCUACGUGAGUUGGGAGCAGCUCGAUCAUUGCUUCGCCAAACAGAUCCUAUGAUUAUGCUGAAACAACAUGAACCCGAGCGUUACAUUCAUUUGGAAAAUAUGCUGCAGCGCGCAUAUUUCGAUCCGAGAGAAGCAUAUCCAGAAGGUAGCAGCAAGGAAAAGCGUCGAGCUGUCAUAGCACAAGAGUUAAGUGGAGAAGUACAUGUUGUGCCGUCAUCACGUCUAUUGGCAUUGUUGGGUCAAGCUUUAAAAUGGCAACAGCAUCAGGGACUUUUGCCACCUGGUACUACAAUCGAUUUGUUCCGAGGCAAAGCGGCAAUGAAGGAUCAAGAGGAGGAAAUGUUUCCCACUCAAAUGUUCAGGCAAAUUAAAUUUGGUCAAAAAUCUCACGUCGAAUGCGCACAGUUUUCACCUGAUGGUCAAUAUCUAAUUACUGGUAGUGUAGAUGGAUUCCUUGAGGUUUGGAAUUUCACGACUGGCAAAAUUCGAAAGGAUCUCAAAUAUCAGGCACAGGAUCAAUUUAUGAUGAUGGAACAAGCUGUGUUAGCCUUGUCAUUUUCUCGCGACUCUGAAAUGGUAGCUUCUGGCGCUCAAGAUGGGCAAAUUAAAGUUUGGCGUAUUAUAACAGGUCAAUGUUUGAGGAAAUUCGAAAAAGCACACACAAAGGGCAUUACCUGUUUGCAGUUCUCCCGUGAUAAUAGUCAAGUACUGAGCGCUUCCUUCGAUUAUAGUAUACGAUUGCAUGGCCUAAAAUCAGGAAAAAUGCUUAAAGAGUUCAAAGGUCACACUUCGUUUGUUAACGAGGCAACUUUUACGCCUGAUGGACACAAUAUACUCAGCGCUUCUUCAGAUGGUACUGUGAAGGUUUGGUCUUUAAAAACUACGGAAUGCAUAUCCACUUACAAACCUUUAGGCAAUGAGCUGGCUGUUAAUACCGUAUUAAUAUUACCGAAAAAUCCCGAACAUUUUAUUGUUUGCAAUCGUUCAAAUACUGUAGUUAUCAUGAAUAUGCAGGGUCAGAUUGUACGCUCAUUCUCAUCGGGUAAACGCGAAGGAGGCGCUUUCAUUUCAGCGACUAUAUCACCGCGAGGCGAAUUUAUUUAUUGUGCGGGGGAAGAUCAAGUACUGUAUUGCUUUUCGGUUACAUCUGGCAAGCUGGAACGUACGCUAAAUGUUCAUGAGAAAGAUGUAAUUGGUUUAGCUCAUCACCCACACCAAAAUUUAUUAGCUACGUAUAGCGAAGAUGGGCUAUUAAAAUUGUGGAAGCCAUAAGUUUAGUUAAGAAAUUUAAUUAUUAGAUAUUCUUAUUAUCUGCUAUGCAACUUAAAAUUUUAAUAAAAAACUGAUAAAAACGAAA